ACCGUUGGGGGUUGUCAAGGCCUGGACCACGGCUGCGGGUGACACAGCAGUGUCCGGUUAGCGUGGGCUGGGACCUUGUCGCUAAAACAGAGAAGCCACUUCUCCUGGGCCCAUGAGGCAGCUGUCCCAUGCUCUGCUGAGCACGCUCUUAGACCGGCGCCUGGCACAUUGUCUACACUGGAAACACAUGGUUUAUGAACCAGAGCAGGCUGAGGCUGUGCGCAGUGCCUAGGGUUUGCCAUGGAGACACGUUUCCAGCCCUUUCUGGCCAACAAUGUCAGAGGUGCCAUGCCUCUGCAAGUCCUCCUGCUGCUGACCCUGCUGGGCCCUGGCAGCUUCCUCCAGCUGUGGGAGACCCAGGAGAAUGGAGCCAGGGAGUCCCCAGGCCCCCUGCUUGCCCGGGGCCGGAGACAGUUGCUCAUGCAUGAGGACUUCACCGACACGUACGAUGAUUAUCAUACGGACCCUCCAGAAAUGCUUGAAACUAGUGCAGGGGCUGUGUCCCUGAGCCCCGAGCUUCAGGCUAUGAUAGGAAGCUUGGGGCAAAGAGAUUCUGCAGGGCCUGGUACUCGGGGGCCAGCCAAAGGGGACUCUGCUGGCUUGGAUGCAGGAGGGACAGCCUCUGGGAAUCUGAGCACAGAACUGGCCACGCAGGGGAUUCCUGUCACACUGGGUCCUCUGACCAAAGAACUGGUCACUACAAUCUCUCCCAUCAUGGUGGCUCCAUCCACAAAGGAGGCUCCAUCCACAGAGCUGUCCACCACAAAGGCCCUAGCCAUGGUGCCAGCAGCCACGGAGGCCCUGUCCAUGAAAUCCACUGUCAUGGAGGCCCUGUCCACAGGACCAGCAGCCACGGAGGCACUGACCACAGAACCCGCAGCCACGGAGGUGCUGACUAUGAAAUCCACUGUCACGGAGGCCCUGUCCACAGGACCAGCAGCCACAGAGGCACUGACCACAGAACCUGCAGCCACGGAGGCGCUGACUAUGAAAUCCACUGUCACGGAGGCCCUGUCCACAGAACCCGCAGCCACGGAGGCGCUGACUAUGAAAUCCACUGUCACGGAGGCCCUGUCCAUGGGACCAGCAGCCACCGAGGCCCUGUUCACAGAACCUGCAGCCACAGAGGUGCUGACUAUGAAAUCCACUGUCAUGGAGUUCCUGUCCACGGGACCAGCAGCCAUGGAGGCCCUGUCCACAGAUCCAGCCACCACGAAGGCUCCAUCUACAGGAGCUGCUACCACAAGCAGCCCAACCACAACCCUUCUUGUGCUCUCUCAUCCUCACAGGGGCACCACUAUGCCAGCCAGCAAUUCGACUGACAGCUUCAUCAACCAAUGGAGAAAGAGUCAGGGUCUCUCCCCGCAGAGCUCUGUGGCCCCCAGCCCCACAGCGGGCCUGGGUAACAUCCCUGUGAAACAGUGCUUGUUGGCCAUCCUCAUCCUGGCACUCGUGGCCACCAUCUUCCUCGUGUGCACUGUGGUGCUGGCUGUCCGCCUCUCCCGCAAGAACCACAUGUACCCCGUGCGCAAUUACUCGCCCACUGAGAUGGUCUGCAUCUCAGCCCUACUGUCUGACAGGGGCGAGGGGCCCACCGCCACAGCCAACGGGAACCUGCACACCACGAGCCACGGCCUAAAGGAAGGGCCCGGGGAGGACCAUGAGGGGGAUGACCUCACCCUGCACAGCUUCCUCCCUUAGCUCCCCCUGCCUAACCCCUGGAGCAGGGCCCCCUGCCUCCUUGCUCCGUCGGCAGCCCCCUGGGCCACCACUGCCUCCAGGCUCUAGUCCACAAAUCUGGCCCUUGUCAGAGUCCCCUGGGGAUGGGAUCUUUAGGGCAGGGCCCCCAAGUGCUUCAACAGGACCCAAGCAGCCAAGGUCCCUUCUUCCCCCUGGCUGCUGGAGUUUCAUACCCAGCACCAGGGAAGAGUCAGGGUUCCUUGCCCCCACCCCACCGCCAUUGUCUUCUGGUUGUCAUGGUCACAUGCAUGCAUUUUGGGGAUGGGUACAUUCCUGAGGCCAUUUCCAGCUGCUGCUCCCCUGGGGGCAGCUGGAGUUUUCUUGGAUGCCUUUGCAGGGAGCUCAGGGUGAGGUGUCACCCUGUGAGGGCUGGCGCAGGCUUGGAGAGGGCAAAGCCUUCUUUGGAGAGGACACCCUUCUUUGAGACUGUGUGUGCAGAACGAGCUUCCUUCCGGUGACAGUAACCCUCAUCCUGCCCUCUCUGGCCUUCCUCUGUGUCCCCAUUGCAGGGUGGGCUCUGUCUAGUUCAUUGAAGUAUCCCACUGCCCAGCCCGGGGUCCGGUACAGCGUAAGCACUCAAUAAAUAUUCGAUAAACAAACACUGGCUGGAUGCUUCAAGGUAUCAAGGUACCUCCUGGAGGAGUGUGGUGUUGGCCUUUGCUGCUCACUGAGGACCCACAACUGAGGACCCACAGCCUGUUAGGCUGACUUCAGUAUUGUCUCGGGAACACUGGGGGCAUCUUGGUACAUCCUUGAGGAGCCAGGAAAGCUUUCCGGCUGUUUGGGGUGUAAAGCGCGGCUGGCUUCCAGGGACUACUUUAUUUCACGCCCCCCACAACCCAAUUCCGGCUGACAGAACUGGGUUCCCC